AUGGUGUCCAAGAUGAAGGUGAAGACUAGGGUGGGUGAAGACCAGAGCACCUCCAAAGAGAACAGCCAAAGUUCCCCAGAGGAAAAUCAGCUGAAAUCUUUCCGUCCCAUUCUUCUUUUACACCGUUCCCGUAUCAAUCCUCCUGAAAAUGGCCACCAUAGCGGUAUCGACUACGCCGACCCGGAGAAGUUCGUGGACUCGGGCCAGGACCGGGAUCCCCACCAGCUCAACUCGCAUCUGAAGCUGGGCUUUGACGAUGUGAUCGCGGAGCCAGUGACCACGCAUUCCUUUGACAAAGUGUGGAUCUGCAGCCAUGCGCUCUUCGAAAUCAGCAAAUACGUGAUCUACAAGUUCCUGACGGUGCUCCUGGCCGUCCCCUUGGCCUUCGCCGCGGGAAUUCUCUUUGCCACCCUGAGUUGCCUGCACAUCUGGAUUGUAAUGCCUUUUAUAAAGACCUGCCUGAUGGUUCUGCCUUCAGUACAGACAAUAUGGAAAAGUGUGACAGAUGUUGUCGUUGCCCCAUUGUGCACAAGCAUAGGACGAAUUUUCUCUUCUGUCAGCCUUCAGCUGAGCCAUGAAUGAACAUUAAGACCCCAGGUCUGGAGAUUUGGAUACUGUAAUACGUCUUUGUUGUUAUACCAUAAAAGUACUACUGUUCUGUUGAUUUCUCAACUGUUCAAAUGAAGAAAAAUAUUGAGAUUAGAAGCCAUAUUUAGAAAGAUUUAUUGGCCAACUUCAAAUAAUGCUUUUCUAAUUAAUAGCCAAGGACUUCAUAUCUAAUUUUAUAACCUAGCAACGCUUACUUUUAAAGACAGGCAGUUUUUGCUUUAGUAAAAAAAGAACAUAUUUUGAACUGAUAAAUUUAUAGUGAUCAAGGAACACUUCUCUCAAAACACUAUAAUAGUUUUGUGCACUGCUACACAAAAAGCUGGAAUUUCUUAUUUUCUUAUGCUCGGGGAGUAAUACUUUUAAAAUUACUUUUACAGACAUAAUCAUGAGGAUACCUAGAGAUAUCACAUCCAAACAUCCUAGAUUACAGUAACAAAAACAUACAGUGAUGUCACUAAUAUCAAAUGUCACAAAACAAAUAAAUAGGAAAAUAGACAGGAAAAUGUAUUCCUUUUAAAUGUACUAUUAACACAAAGGCUUAUUUAACAAGAUUUUUCCCUUUACUGUAUAUUUUGUACUUAAUAUAAAUGUUACUCUAAUUGGAUGUCUUCAAAGCAUUUUUAUAUUUGUUGUCAUGUUGAACUAAUAUAUAUAAUAAGCAAAUGUAUCUUCCACAAGAAGACUUCAUGAAAAUAUUGCACUGUCUUGAUUAUGAAAGCAUUUACAUAGCUUCUGUGUGGAUGGGAUGCAGAAGGUUCAUAAAUGGGCUCUUCUUUCUCACUUUUCCAAGCAGAAUUCUGAAAAGCUUUUGCACUGAUAUUUAUCUGUCUGUGAUGUUAAAUCAUAUCUAAUUGACAUUUUGUCUUAUAGUUAGAAAUUAAAUCUAUAUUCUGCAUUCCUAUGAAUGUUUCACUUUACUUUCAGGUAAUAUUGGUGCUAAUUAACAACAUUUUAUGAUAAAGGCUAUUUUUGACACUUCAGUACAAUUUCCACUACAUGAUUCAGGUAGAGAGACUUACAGAGAAGUUGUCAAUUUGGGGGAUCCAUGCUACUGAGCUAUAUGCAUAAAUUAAAAGCUAACAACUGCAAACUUUUAAUAAGGAUAUUAAUUUUGUAACAUAUGAAGUUAUUCUGUGAUUUGCGGGCUGUAGGGUCUUAUUCUAAAGUUAUGAGCUACCAUGACUUUAUAAAUCUCAUUCUAAAAUGAAAAAGGCAUAUACAAAAGUGCCCACAGUGUGAGUAGUGACUUGUAUAUCUUAAGUGUAUAAAUGUGCAAAUUUCAGAAUUGCCAUCAGAACAUGAAAUAACUUUCCUUUGAAUAUUCUCAGAAGUGAUAGAUCUUCAGUCAAUGAAGAUUAAUAAAACUAAAAGUUGUCACUUUUGGUGAAUAAAAAGGAUGAUUAAACUGAAAUACUAUUGGGAACAAAUCAAGAGAAUAAUUAAAUUAUGAAACUCAUAUCUUUUUAAAGGUAAUUAUAAAAGAGACUUUCAAAACUGUCCUAGGACAUUGUGACAUCCAUAGAAAAACACUCAAGAUCAUGACCUUAAAGCUUUGAUACUCACUUAGCUGUAUAGGUUUUAUAUUAGUUAAAAAGAUCAAUCAGUCUCAUAGCUUUAUAGUUAUACUUUGUAUUUUAAAUGUUUUUUAAAUAUUGGCAUGUAUUGAUUAGCAAAAGGUAUUUGAUUAAUAAAAUAUCUAUUUUAAUUAAUCACAAACUUCAACAUUUUGAAAUAGUGAUUGGCAAGUUUUAAGACAUCUAUAUAUAUAUAGUUAUAUAAUUAAACCUUUUAACUUCUAAUAUAUGAAAUAUUGUUUCCUUAUUUCUGAACAGUAUUGAUUACUUUCCAAAUUAAUUUUAUUGAGAUUUUUCAUGAAUUAUUUUAUUUCAAAAUUCACAUUUUGAAUAAAGUAAAUUAAAGUUUAGUAUGCAAUCAUGUUAGUCCUUUUAUUUGGGUUAAAGGGAAGUAGAAGAAAAGGAGACUCAAAACUUUCUAAAAGCUCAUAAAUGUAUUCAUUGUUUUUAUUAUAUUUUAUUCUACUCAUUGCUUUUAUUACAUUAAAUGUGAAAUGCAUCAAUAUAAGUUUCAAACUAAUUUUAACUUAUUAAAAACUAAAAAUUGUACUUUUAAAAAUUAUGAGACUAGUAACUU